AUGUUCUUCGCAUUCGGUUUCUAUUCGCCAGAUACCCUCAGGCUCGAAGCCAGUGUUUUAAAUACCACUGGCGAUCGUGUGGUAGUCAACCUCAUCCUUUCCUCCAAAUAUGCGUCUUCGCCCCUUGCCCAGGUCGCUUCGACGUUUAUCGAUCCCGACACCGGGAUCCCCUUUAUGGGGAUUACCGACCCAGUCCAUCGUGUCUCCUACGGCAUAGUCCUCCCCCCUCUGGCGACCUCGGGCUCAAACCCCACGGAAUUCAUUGCUUCGAUCACAUCACCGAUCGCUGGACAAUGGGUCGGUCUUGCCCUUGGUGGUGCCAUGUUGCAGAAUCUACUCCUGGUCGCUUGGCCAAAUGGCAACUCAGUUGUCCAUUCGACGCGUAUGGCUGCUACAUAUGACCAACCUACUCCAUAUGCGGGACCGGUCAUCACAGAUUUGCAGCACACGAUGGUUAACGCUACUCACUGGAAGUGGGUAUUCAGAUGCCAAAACUGCACCAACUGGGGUACUGGCGGCUCUCUCCCUGUUUCUGGUGGAGGUGUCUUGGCUUGGGCAUACUCUUCUGCUCCGGUUACUACUCCCUCAAACCCUAACUCCGACUUCCUCGAGCACACUGACUUUGGCUUCUUCGGUAUCAGCUACGCGGAUGCGCACGCGAGUCAAGCAGACUAUGAUAACUGGGCUGCUGGUGGUACCGGCGGCGGCAGUGGAACACCCACCUCCCAACCGCCCACCACCCCUACCUCCCAACCAACUGUUUCGGCUACUCCCUACGACUAUAUUGUCGUUGGCGCUGGACCGGGUGGUCUCGUUACUGCUGAUCGUUUAUCCGAAACUGGCAAAAAGGUCUUACUUCUCGAGCGUGGUGGUCCUUCUACAUGGGAAACGGGAGGUCGCUACCAACCUGACUGGCUCGCUGGACAACCAUACACCAAAUUUGAUGUUCCAGGUCUGUUCGAAUCCAUGUUCUCGGACGGCAAUCAGUUCUGGUGGUGCAGGGAUAUCAACGUCUUCGCUGGCUGCCUCCUAGGUGGCGGAAGUACUAUCAAUGGCGGUUUGUACUGGUAUCCCCCCGACUCUGAUUUCUCAGUGGCCAAUGGAUGGCCUAGCUCCUGGGCCAAUCAUGCCCCAUAUACCCAGAAAAUGAAAACCCGUCUUCCCAGCACAGAUCAUUCGUCGAUGGAUGGAAUUCGCUACCUCCCGCAAUCGUUCAAUGUAGCGAAGAGGUUGCUGGACCCGCAAGGUUAUCGCCAACUCACUAUCAACGAUGAGCCCAACCAAAAGGACCACGUGUAUGGCUACUCUUCAUUCUUCUUCCAAGGCGGCAAGCGUACAGGCCCCACCGGUACCUACUUCAAGACCGCGAAAGCCCGACCCAAUUUCACAUACCGCGACUACACUUUCGUUAAUAGCAUCAUCCGAAACGGCACAAAGAUCCUUGGUGUUCAGACCAACGACACGAGUCUCGGACCCAAUGGUUUCAUCCCCGUAACACCCAACGGUCGCGUCAUCCUCUCUGGUGGUUCCUUCGGAUCCCCUCGUCUCCUCUUCUCUGCUGGUAUUGGCCCCACCGACAUGCUUACCAUUGCCCAGGGCGACUCAGUUGUCGGCCCCAAGAUGCCACCACAAGCGCAAUGGAUCAACCUUCCGGUGGGUGAAAAUGUCCAGGAUAACCCCUCCAUCAACUUGGUUUUCACCCACCCCGAGAUUGACGCAUACGAGAACUGGGCGGAAAUUAUGUCGGACCCCCGACCAGCAGACGCCGCUCAAUAUAUCUCCAGCCAGUCUGGUGUCUUCGCUUCCUCUUCCCCAAGGAUGAACUUCUGGCGCGCGUAUGGUGGUAGCGACGGAAAGACUCGAUGGCUUCAAGGCACUGUCCGCCCUGGCGCUGCCUCAGUUACCACAUCCUACCCUUAUAACACUUCUCAAAUCUUCACCAUCACAACAUACCUAUCCACGGGUAUCACUUCAAAGGGCCGUAUCGGAAUUGAUGUAGCCCUCCGCCCUCGUGUCUUGGUUGAACCGUGGUUCACCGACCCCAUCGACAAGGCAGUUCUACUGCAGGGCAUUAACGACAUCGUCGCCAGCGUUGGUAAUGUGUCUGGAUUGACGUUGAUCACUCCGGAUAACACUACCACCAUCUCUGCAUACGUCAACAACUACGGAACUGGAAAUAUGAAUUCCAACCAUUGGAUCGGUGCCAACAAGUUGGGAACAAGCGCGUCGAACUCUGUCGUCGACGCCAACGCCAAGGUCUUUGGUACUGACAAUCUCUUCGUUGUGGAUGCUUCCAUUAUACCUUCCAUGCCCAUGGGAAAUCCACAAGGCGCGAUCAUGGCGACAGCAGAACAAGCUGUUGCGAAAAUCAUUGCUUUGGCCGGCGGACCCUAA